AUGGGCUUGAAGACACUUUCAGCAAAGGCGGCAGCGGCUCUGGACAAAGAGCUGAUGAGCACUGGUGCGUUCUCCAUCGACCAACUGAUGGAGCUCGCCGGUCUCUCCGUCUCGCAAGCAGUGUACCUCGUCCACCCGCUCAGCAAGGGCCCGAAUGUUCUUGUUGCCUGCGGGCCUGGCAACAACGGUGGUGAUGGUCUAGUCGCCGCCCGUCACCUUCGUCACUACGGCUACAAACCCAGCAUUUACUACCCCAAGCGGAGUAAGAAUGAACUGUACCAACGACUGGCGCAGCAGCUGGAGGACCUGAACGUCCCAUUUGUGAACGACUUUCCCGCGGCCCUGAAGACGACAGACCAUAUCGUGGAUGCCAUCUUCGGAUUCAGCUUCGCUGGCGAGGUCCGGGAGCCCUUCCCGGCGGUGAUCAAGGCGCUCGAGGAGACGAAAUUGCCCGUAACUUCAGUUGACGCCCCAUCAUCAUGGAAUAUCGAGGAUGGCCCGCCAUCAUCUGGUCUCGGCAGCUCUUUUCACCCGGAGGUACUCGUCAGCCUGACAGCACCUAAGCCAUUCGUUUCGCCAGGUAUUGCUGAAAAAUACAACCUGGACCUUCCACAGUACGAAGGCAUCGACCAGGUGGUAGAAGUGGACAAUAACGGUCAGAAGCUGUAA